AUGCAAGAGCUGGGCCCUGGAUUGGCUUUGGCAAGGCCUCAUGGGUCUGGGCCCGAUGAGUUUUGGCAAGGGUGUUUAAAGGAGGAAAAAGAAAAAUAUGGCAUGGGGCCCGGUUCUAUUCCAGCAGACAUUAGUGUGGCUGGGGUGUUAGAGCUAGGGCUGGGCCGUAAGUGGAGCUGGGCUUCGAGACAGCUGCUAGGAGGAAGGAUUCCGGGCGGCGGGUGCCGUUCGGCAAGGGACCCAAGGAGGGCUGAUCUGUCUUCGGCAAGGAGCGGGCUAAGUGCAUGGUUUUCGAGACGAUCCGGAGCUGGGUCCGUAGUGUCGUCAUCUCGUGAGCUGGGUCCUUGUCGGAUUCGCUGGAGCUUGAGCAUAGGUGAGUGGAACCGAGGACGGGUGGCCCUUGUUGGUGAGGCUGUGAUAUUGAUAAUAUUCGUGGAGCCGGACCAUUGGAGUUUUGGAAGUGCACGGUUCCAAGUCUUGAGCAGGGUCGGAGAAUUGGAGCUUGGUGAAGCUGGGUUCGCAGGUGCUGAGGAGGUGAGUCCAAAGAUUGGAGAAGAGGUGCAAGUCCCCAAUCUUUUGGAAGAAAAUAUCGGUGCAGCCAGUCCUUGGUCCCUAGGGCUAGAUCAUGGAUUGGGAGCUCAGAAUUUCAUCAAAGAGUCUAGGCUCGGGAGGCUGGGUGCCCUGAUCAGAAGAGGGAGGGCCUGCGCUUCCCUGGUUCGAGCAUGA